UGAACCACUGGUAGCGAAAUACCAGAAGCUGCACGCAAGGAGCGCUUAUUGACGUGCUUAUUUUUCCAGAACUGCUAAAAUAUAAACUGGUUGCACUUUGCUGGUAAAGGAUCCUCGAUUCAGGGAUAAGUUCUAAUUUGUAUUUGAAGUUUUACGAUUUUCUCUAGACUGGGGGGCACAUUUACUUAAAUUACAGGAAUCUAGGCAACCACCCUUGACUAAGAAAAAGCAGAAGUCACAACUUGGUUUCAGUGAGAGUUCUGCAGGAAUGUCGCAAAGAGAAAGACCCAAGUUCUAUAGACAGGAGGUCAACAAGGCGACUUGGGAGGUUCCUGAACGGUACCAGAGCCUGUCCCCAGUCGGUUCUGGGGCCUACGGAUCGGUUUGCUCGUCGUACGAUGACAAGACGGGUAUGAAGAUAGCGGUGAAGAAACUUUCUCGGCCUUUCCAGUCCAUCAUCCACGCCAAGAGAACUUACAGAGAGUUACGACUGCUGAAGCACAUGAAACAUGAGAACGUGAUCGGGCUUCUUGAUGUCUUUACACCUGCCACAAGUCUGGAGGAGUUCAAUGACGUCUACCUGGUGACUCACCUGAUGGGCGCGGACCUUAACAACAUUGUCAAGUGUCAGAAAUUGACAGACGACCAUGUCCAGUUCCUAAUAUACCAAAUUCUCCGGGGACUUAAGUACAUCCACUCGGCAGACAUCAUUCACAGAGACCUGAAACCAAGUAAUCUGGCUGUUAACGAAGACUGUGAACUCAAGAUCCUGGACUUCGGGCUGGCACGCCACACGGAUGACGAGAUGACGGGCUACGUGGCAACGCGCUGGUACCGCGCUCCUGAGAUCAUGCUCAACUGGAUGCACUACAACAUGACAGUUGACAUCUGGUCUGUGGGGUGCAUAAUGGCGGAACUCCUUACUGGACGAACUCUGUUUCCUGGCACUGACCAUAUAAACCAGCUUCAGCAGAUAAUGCGGCUGACAGGAACGCCCCCGGUGUCUCUAAUAAGCAGGAUGCCCAGCCACGAGGCUAGGAAUUACAUCAACUCUUUACCACAAAUGCCCAAGAGGAAUUUUGCUGAUGUGUUUAUAGGAGCCAAUCCACAAGCGGUGGACCUGUUGGAGAAGAUGCUGGUUCUGGACACUGAUAAGCGCAUCACAGCAGCCGAAGCUCUGGCUCAUCCCUACUUCGCUCAGUACCAUGACCCGGACGAUGAACCGGAGGCCGAACCAUAUGACCAGAGUUUCGAGAGUCGCGAGCUUGAGAUUGAGGAAUGGAAACGGUUAACUUAUGAGGAACUGGUCAGUUUUGAGGCUCCAUUGUUUGGGGACGACAUGGAAUCAUGAGAGCUGCUGAAUACACAGAGCACCCCCCCUCUCCCACAACUCUGUAACAGCUGAAGGGAUCUGCAUAAGUAUCACAUGACCCUUUUGGAAAACUAUAUCAUUCGAGUGCCUACCAUAGUCAAUAUUUUUUAUCUGGCAAGCUUGCAUUUUUCUCCCACUAUUUUGAUGUAGUAGUUCCAAAAUGAUUUUUAAGGUAAAGAAAAGACUUCUCGAAGAUUGUCACUAUCAACAAAUCCUGAUUAUUUGUAUGAAUGGUAUGUUUUGAAUGUCACUGAAGCAUGUGAAAACCAACCACUAUCCUUGGUUCAUUGCUGGAAAAGGUCACGCUUCUGUUUUUGUCUGUUUUAGGUAGUUUUUUAUAUUCUACAGAGAUUUUUAUGCGAGUUAUGACUUGUCACUGUGACACACAAAAAAAGAUGCUGAAACGUCCUGGGGGGAAAUAUAUAGCUGUGCUAUUAUGCCUAUAAAUUUAGGAUUGAAUAGCGAUGGAGUAAUGCUUUGUCAUUCACUGUCUGUCACUCACACUGCCAAUCUGUCAAUCAUAGCCUGGUGUCAUAGGUUGUCACAAGGCCCAUAGGAUAUUAGGAUAUUUAAUGAUAUUUAGGGAUAUCUUCAAGGCUUUUAACACUGUGAAAACUUAACCAAAUUAUAGGGCAUUUUUAAUCAGUGAGAAUGAGUAAGGGUAUACACAACCCAUCCUUCAUGAAAUUGUUUUGGUCUGCUGCUUGACCGUAAGAUGUAGUGUUUAUGGUUAGGGUUGGAAACCAGACAUUAUUCAUUACACUCAUCCAACGUGGUGUAAUCUGGUAGAUAUUUUCUUAUUUGUUCAUUUUUUAGCUUCCAGUUUCUAUCUCAUCUCACGUGCUUCAUCAGAGAUGUUUUAGGAAAUUGCUCUUGCAAGGGCUUUAGUCUAAAUAGAUGGGUGAUAGUCCAAUGACUAACCAGUUAUUAUUUAAAAUUAGAUGUAGAUGUCUGACCCAUGAUGGUAUGUGACUUUAGGUGCCAAUUAACCUGGCACUGAAAUAGGGAAAAAGUUUAUUUGUGGGUUCAACUUACAAAAUGGAAUCAAAUGUAUGUAAAUAUCUGUUCCAUAGUUUAUUUUAGAAUCUUUUACGACUGUGGUUUAUUAUUCCAUUAAGCAAUCACUUUAUCAGCAUGUACAUCUUAUGUGUUUGUUUGCGUGUGUCUGUGUGAGAGUGAGUUGUGUGUUUACAGGAAUUUGAAAUAUUAUGCUAAAAAAAAUGCUCAUAAAAAUAUUACAGAAAUGACUAAAAGAAUGAGGGAAUUAGAUGUAUUUAUACUUUGUUGAGGUAUUUAUAAUCUGAAGGUAUGGUAUUGUUUCUUUCAUCCCCAUAUCUGAAUACUACAGUCCAGCAGUGUAACUAAUAUCAUUACGCCUUUGUUUAUAAAGAAAUAAAGACAGUUAUUUUUAA